AUGAGUUCUAACUCUAAUGUAGGUCAAAGGGGGAGAGGUCAAAAUAAACAUUACUGGACUCCAAUGGAAGGCAAUGCUUUGAUCGAUUGUCUUCUAGAGUUAAGCCAAAAUCCUACAUGGCGGGCUGAUUGUGGAUUUAAAAAUGGAUAUUUGCAACAAAUAGAGAUUAUUUUAGAAACAAAAUUAAAGCAUUCUGGAUUGAAGGCCUCACCUCAUAUUGAAUCUCGUAUUAAAACUUUGAAGGGAAAGUAUUGUUGCUUGACUGAAUUGUUGUCUUUAAGUGGUUUUGGUUGGGACAAUGAGCAUAUAAUGUUAUUAUGUGAAAAAAGUGCAUUUGAUGAGUGGGUGAAGAAACGUAAAGAUGCAAGUGGAUUAUAUGGAAAACCAUUUCCUUAUUACUACAAGCUAGUAGAAAUAUAUGGUCGAGAUCGUGCUACUGGAACAAAUGCUGGUAAUGCUGACGAUGAUGAAGAGGAAAUAUGA